AUGGUAUUCAUCACAGACUAUCAACUUUUCUAAUUAAAAAGCAUUGAACUUCUCCAAAGAGACCCAGCAAAGACUCGUUACGCCCUUAAGCACAGACACUCAGACAACGAGGCAGUAAUUAAGGUCACCAAUGAUGUUGAAUGCUAUCAAUUCAGAAUAAAUGACAGUAACGCUGAGUUGGCUCAUGACUUCAUCAGAGACAUCACCUUUAUAUUCAUGAAGGUGGCAGCUAACAGAAAGGGAGACGAUGUUGGCGCAGGCGGAGGUGCUUUCGAGGAAAAGAAAGGAGGAAAGAAUAAAAAGAAGGGAGGCAAGAAGUGA